AUCACUACAGGCCGGCGCACCGUACGUUGCACAUCAUCUAUUCAUAUCAAUACAGAACAUCACAACUUCAUGGCGCCGAGCAAACGAAAGCAGCCAGCUUCACCGAUUUCUUCGAGAGCUAAGCGUGCCUACCUGUCCAACUCGCCACAAUCAUCGUCAUCAGACUUACCGCCUACCGCAUCGCCGAGCAGCCUACAGACUCCCGAAGAUGUUCGACCUCCAGGCCAUGUGCGCUCCACCAGACACGCGUCACCACCACCAGAACUCUCGAAUACAGCAACGACUCGUCAAACGAGAUCCUCCGAGUCUAAUGAUAACGCCGGCGCCCACCAUCCAGAGACAACUGGCAAUUUACCGAUACCAAACCCUCUCCUGGACUGGCUCGAGACCCAUGCGAGGAGCUCUGCUGCGAAGCAAAGAUCGAUCGAACGCCUCCCGGCGGCGGGAUCCGAGUAUAAGAACACUGGUACGGUGAGCUUUGCUGAGAAAUUGCCAAAAGCUCGACAUGAAGACACCAGCCGGGGUAAAGCGGGCCAAGAUCAGCCCACGGUUGAGGACGAUCUUGAAGGUACGUCGUCAGCAGGUCAGAUCCUAGAGUGAAACGAGGAGAUGUACUUGGUGUCCGGGGUAUUGCCAUUCAAG